UUACGUUGAUCCUGCUGGGUGAUCCCAACUUCCUGUGCUGGAAGAGAAGUGUCUCUCACGAUUAUCUUAACAAGGCCUACACCCGUAUAGACGGGGAACGGCCCCAACCAUGAUCCUGUGAAAGCUAACAAGUCUGAUAGCUAAUUAACUUUUCAGACCGUAGAGACGCCGGUGAUAAAGCCGCUGUUUUCAAUACAAACAUAACAAUAGCCAUUGCUAGCGUAACCGCUAGCGAGCCAGCAAAGUAGGACUAGUUGCUAGGCUAGCUAUUCGCCUACCAAGCAUCUCUAAAUUUGUUCACGGUGUCUAUUUCAAAAUGUCAACUACGGGGUUCAACUCUCAGAAUGGGUCCGGAAGAGGACAAGCGUACGCGAAUGGCCCCUCCCAGAACCCUGUACCCCUGCAGCCUCCAGGACAGGGCUACAACAUGCCCCACCAGAUCCCCUACAACCCCAUGCAGGCCAAGGCCCCCAUGCCCCCUGGUCCUGGACUCUAUAACUCUGGGCCUUACCAGCCCGGCCCCCCUGCCAGCUCCUACCAGGGCCCCCCAGGUCCCCCCAUGAUGACCAGGCCUCCGAUGGGGUCCCUAGGGGUCCACACCCCCCCUCAGUCCUCAAGCCCCAGCCCGGGCCCCAGCCCCAUCCCUGGCCCCAGGAUGUCCCCCCUACAGGGCGCCCCCACUCCGCCCGCGUCCGCCAACAGCUACUACCCUGCCCCCCCCCAGCAACAGCCCGCCCCCCCCGCCUGGCAGUACGGAGCUCCUCGACCAAUGGGAGCGCCUCCUCCCAUGGCCACGCCGCCCCUCGGCCCCAUGGGUAAUCACCACACAGCCUCGUCCUCGCCCGGCCCGCCGCCGUCGGCCGUGGGCUACGGCGUGGCGGCGCCCGUUCCUCCGCCUCCCGCCUUCCACAACGCCACGCCUCCGCCGGGGCCGGGCCUGCCGCCCACCACCGUGCACGGAUACGUCCAGCGAGGCUCCGCCCCCCCUCCGAUGAACCCGUCGGCCCCCAACACGUACCAGCCAGGCAGAGGCCCCUACGGGCCCCCCCUCCCCGGAGCCCCCCUCCCGGGACAGCCCCCCUCCAUGAGGCCCACCCCGCCCCCCACAGGCCCCCCCAUGGCCAACGCCACCCCUCCACCCCCCCCUCGCCCCCCAGAGGGCCUGUCCCAACCCCAGAUGCUCAUCGUGUCCGACAUAGACGAUAUAUUUCUACCAACACCAGACAGCCUUUUAGUCAACUUCAACGAAUGCAAGGAGCUGGUGCAGGCCCUGCUGAAGAGCCUGCCCCAGAUGUUCUCCAAGACCAUGGAGACCCAGUCGGCCCUGGGCCCCGCCCUGCAGUCGGCCUUCAAGCUGCUGUCCCCCACCGGGGGCCGGGUGUCCGUCUACCAGACCCAGCUGCCCAACGUCGGGGUGGGGGCGCUCAAGUCCCGGGAGGACCCCAACCAGCGCGCCUCGGCCAAGGAUAUCCAGCACCUCUCCCCGGCCACAGACUUCUACAAGAAGCUGGCGCUGGACUGCUCCGGCCAGCAGGUGGCAGUAGACUUGUUCCUGCUCAGCUCCCAGUACUGCGACCUGGCCUCUCUGGGAUGCAUCUCCAGGUACUCGGCAGGAAGUGUGUACUACUACCCCUCCUACCACCAGGAGCAUAACCCCGCCCAGGUGGAGCGCUUCCAGAAGGAUCUCAAACGAUACCUGACGCGCAAGAUCGGCUUCGAGGCCGUCAUGAGGAUACGCUGCACCAAAGGCCUGUCCAUCCACACGUUCCACGGGAACUUCUUUGUGCGUUCCACGGACCUGCUGUCGCUGCCCAACGUGAACCCGGACGCGGGCUUCGCCGUGCAGAUGUCCAUCGAGGAGAACCUGGUGGACCUGCAGACGGUCUCCUUCCAGGCCGCGCUGCUCUACACCUCCAGCAAAGGAGAGAGGAGGAUCCGAGUCCACACCAUGUGUCUACCGGUGGUCAACUCGCUCUCUGACAUCUUCGCCGGAGCAGAUGUCCAGGCCAUCACCGGACUGCUAGCCAGCAUGGCCGUGGACCGCUCGGUGACGGCCAGCCUGAGCGACGCGCGGGACGCCAUGACCAACGCUGCCAUCGACUCCCUGGCGUCGUACCGCUCGGCCGUGCUGACCGUCCAACAGCCCGGCCUGCUGGCCCCCGCCUGCCUCCGGCUCUUCCCCCUCUACAUCCUGGCCCUGCUCAAGCAGGUGGCGUUCCGGACGGGCACCAGCACCCGGCUGGAUGACCGCGUGUUCUCCAUGUGCCAGCUGAAGUACCAGCCGCUGGCCUACGUCAUGCUGAUGAUCCACCCGGCGCUCUACCGCCUGGACGACCUCAGCGACGAGGGGGCCCUGAACAUCAGCGAGCGCACCAUCCCUCAGCCCCGGCUGCUGCAGCUGUCUGUGGAGAAGCUCACCAGGGAGGGGGCCUUCCUAUUGGACGCCGGCUCGGUCCUGUAUCUCUGGGUGGGCAGAAGCUGCAGCCCACACUUCCUGUCUAAGGUGCUGGGGGCCGCCUCGUACGCUGCUGUGCCCCAGGUUAUGAACUCUCUCCCGGAGCUGGACACUGCGGAGUCCCAGAGAACCAGAGCUUUCAUCGGCUGGCUGAAGGAACAGAGGCCUUUCUUCCCCCUGCUGCACGUCAUCAGGGACGAGAGCCCGCUGAAGUCCAGCUUCAUGCAGAACAUGAUUGAGGACCGCACAGAGUCGGCCCUGUCCUACUAUGAGUUCCUGCUCCACGUCCAGCAGCAGGUGUCCAAGUAGAGCCAGCCUGCUGAAAGCUUGGGAGCGCACGCACAGAGAGAGAAAGAAGAUUCUCUGUGUGUGUGGAAGGGGGUGUGUGUGUGAACUGUGAGAGGAAAACCACACCUGUUCAGGACAGCCUCUCCAUCACACCUCAUCACCACCCGUGGCUUCCUCUCUCCCUCUCUCUCUCUCCCUCUUUCUCUGUGUGUGGCUCUCAAGUCCUUUCGGAAGAUUCCUACGAGUGAAACGCCCAUCUUUAGAACUUUCUACCUGAAACAAAUCAAACUUUAUUUGUUGACGAGGACAAGGGGGCGGGGUCCGAUCUUAGCUGCUGACCUGGCGCCUUCUAGCUGAAGCAGCUUCUAGACAGAGGCGACAAGAAAUCAGUGAUUAUCUAUGUACGAGUGAGUGAAUCAGUGUUUAUUCUCAUAGAACAAUACUGUCUGAGAAGGGUAUCUGUUAGAUACAGGGCCAGCUAAUGGAUUGUGAACGUGUUUUUUUUUUUUUUUUUUGCAACAACAAAAAAGCACAGCUAUCUCUGCUUAUAAUAAAAGUAAUAAUAUUCUUGCGAUUGUGCCGGGUGCUGGGUAGUCACAAGAGAACAUGUUUUAGAGAUGACACUGUUCUGGGUUCUCCCCCCCCCCUGGUGCACAGGAAACAGGAAGUGGAGACGCGAUUCAUGUGUGAAAUCUCUGCUGUUGUCUUCUUUCUACAAUCCUUGUGCAGGGUCUUGAUCUGCUCUUUAGGACUGUUAUGAGUGGAACCUCAACAGUAUAGCUCUCUCUCUUCACUGCCCGAGUGUCUGGCUGAGAGGGGACAAACUGUGUGCUUUUUAGUCUUUUUUUUUUGUGUUUCGAACAAAUCUCUCAAGGCUUUUUUUUUUUUUUUUGUAAAAGGCAGAAGUGUUUCAACGUUUGAAGGCGAUCUGGAACAACUAACCCCCGUAUCGUUUAAUUUGCUGCCUUUUUUAAAGUUUUGAAGAAGCAGCCGAGAAGCAGUUUCAUCCGGUUUUGUCUCGGGUCAGACCAGUUCUUUUGAGGUUCCUCUCUCUCUCUUUCUCUGUCCUUUUGAGGUCUCUCUUUCUCUCUGUCUCUCCCUGUCUCUCUGUCCUUUUGAGGUCUCGCUCCCUCUCUUUCUCUCUCUCUCUAAUCCCUCUCUCUCUCCCUCCUUUCUCUCCCUUUUUCUUCUACCUCCUUCUGCCAUCCUCUCCCUCUCUCUCUCAUCCCUCUUUCUCUCUCAUCAUAUAAAACACCUCUGAGGACGUUUUGUUUUGUUUCUGUUUAAUUUAUGAGAAUCCCAAACCUGAUUAAAUUCUGUAAUUGCCUUGUAUGGGAACUCACAUUUAUUAUUAAACCUCUGUUUAAAUACAAACUAUAUGAAAUAUUUUAAUAUAAUAGGAUACAAGAAAUUCUUUAACACAGACAUAACAAAAGCCAUUGUGAUCUUUAAUCAUGCUUAUUGAUACUUGUAUAUUGACAGUACUACAUAAUAAUGGUAAGAAAUUGAUGAUUUUAGUAUGAAAAUAUGACGGUGAAAUGAGACAAAUAAAUUGUUUGGGAUUUUUUUAACCCUA